GCACUCCCCACUUCUGACACUAGAGUAAAUAAACUCGACGGCAACUCGGGAAGCGUAGAAGCGUGAUUACUAGCUACAGUCAGUAGACAGUUAGCUUGCACACGAAGCGGAUUCACAUUCCAAAUGUCGGUCGAUCAGCAAUUUGAGGCGGCUGCCGAAGCUGUAAAAGCGCUCACAAAACGGCCUACUGAUGAUGAACUUUUGGAACUUUACGCUUUGUUUAAACAAGCUACGGUUGGCGAUAAUAACACACCUAAACCAGGUAUGCUGGAUUUGAAAGGUAAAGCCAAGUGGGAAGCCUGGAAUAAGAAAAUGGGUACAUCACAAGAAACGGCAAAACAAUCGUACAUUGAUUAUGCUAAUCAAUUAAUUGCAAAAUAUAAAUAGUUUUAUAUAUUAUCGCCAAAAAUUGCGGUCCUACUGUAGUUAUGAAUCAAAAGAAAUGUAUUUUUAUAUUUUUUGUUUCAUGUUUUCAUCUUAUUACUUUUUGAUAAAUUAAAUGCAAUUUUCACACUACAAUUUUGUUGCAUAAAUAUUUAAAUUUAUCCUGAUAUUGUGAUGUAAUUUCGUUAGUGAUCAAACAGAGAACUUGAUAAAAUACGCUGCGUCGUAUAUGAUAUACAAUUCUUAUCAAUAGGUUACCAUUAUUAUAAGAUAUAACGUUCUCCAAGCGCAUCUGGUGUAUCUAAUCUAUGAAUAAAAACGUGUAACAUGUAACAGAAAUUUAUUGUAUAUAAUUUUACUAAAGAAACUUUUAAACUUUA